CUCACAAAAUCAAAGGGGCGUGUAACCAUAUUUUAUUAUUAAUUUUUUCCACAACGGAGAACCGGAGAGAAAAACAGGUCCAAACUGAAUUCAUUAAUUUAAUGUGAUUGGCAUCGACUGCUCCUAGCAUCCUCAUAUUUGCCACCUAAGCUGCUAAGAAGAGAUCAAAACCCUAUUUUAAGCUUAAAGACAAGCUUGGAUCAUAAACGAUGAUGAGAUUCAGCGCUCUUGUGUUUCGGAGCGGCUCCAGCCUCAGGAGAUGCGUUUCUAAACCCUGCUAUUAUCACACUGAUAAAGUAGCUGUUACUAUUGGAACAGAUGCAGAUAGGAAUUCUCCAGAAUUUAAGGACAACUACAGCCACAUGAGCCAACUUGUGACUGAACUACGCUCCAAUAUAGGCAAAGUGGCCGCAGGUGGAGGAGAAACCGCUGUAAAAAGACACAAGGAAAGGGGAAAGCUGCUCGCACGCGAAAGAGUCGACUUGCUGCUGGACCCUGGCUCUCCGUUCCUCGAGUUUUCCCAGCUCGCUGCUCACGACCUCUAUCCGAACGAGCACGUCCCUGCUGCUGGCAUCAUCACGGGCAUUGGCAGGGUCCACGGCACUGAGUGUGUUAUUGUCGCCAAUGAUGCCACUGUCAAGGGCGGUACCUACUAUCCUGUGACUGUGAAAAAACACCUGAGGGCACAGGAGGUGGCCCAGCAGAACAACCUACCAUGUAUCUACCUUGUCGACUCAGGCGGCGCGAAUUUGCCCCGCCAGGCAGAUGUUUUUCCGGAUAAGGAGCAUUUCGGACGCAUUUUCUUCAACCAGGCGAACAUGUCAUCUAAUGGAAUUUCUCAAGUCGCUGUGGUUCUUGGAAUUUGCACUGCUGGAGGAGCCUAUAUUCCUGCCAUGGCUGACGAGAGCAUCAUUGUAAAGCAGCAAGGCACCAUUUUCUUGGCUGGCCCUCCGCUUGUUAAGGCGGCCACUGGCGAAGAGGUGUCCGCUGAAGAUCUUGGUGGUGCUGACCUCCAUUGCACGACUUCGGGUGUAACGGACCACUAUGCGUUGGACGACAAGCAUGCCAUCCACCUUGCCAGGAGAGUAAUCAGCAAUCUGAACAGGAACAAGAAGCCACGAAUUACCUCCCCUCCGGAAGACCCACUUUUCCCUGCUGACGACUUGUACGGAAUUGUCGGAGGCAAUUUAAAGAAAACCUUUGACGUUCGAGAGGUCAUUGCGAGAAUAGUCGACGGAUCUAAAUUUGACGAGUUCAAGGCGCGCUAUGCUGACACUCUCGUCACAGGCUUUGCAAGCAUUUACGGCUACCCUGUCGGCAUCAUCGGCAAUAACGGUGUUUUGUUUUCAGAAUCUGCACUGAAGGGUGCCCACUUUGUAGAACUGUGCUGUCAGAGGAAAAUUCCGCUGCUAUUUCUGCAAAACAUCACAGGCUUCAUGGUUGGCAGGGACGCUGAAGCGGGAGGAAUCGCUAAGAAUGGCGCCAAGAUGGUAACAGCAGUUGCCUGUGCUAAUGUGCCGAAGCUCACCCUUCUGAUUGGUGGUUCAUAUGGAGCGGGCAAUUAUGGCAUGUGUGGAAGAGCUUACAGCCCGAGAUUUUUGUACAUGUGGCCCAACUCUCGAAUCUCUGUAAUGGGCGGUGAGCAGGCUGCUGGUGUCAUGGCUCAGAUCACAAGAGACCAAAUGAUAAGGAACAAGAAAGAGUGGUCUCAAGAGGCUGAAACUAAGCUCAAAACUCCAAUUGUUAAGAAGUACGAGGAGGAGGGAAGCCCCUACUAUUCAAGCGCCAGGCUGUGGGAUGAUGGUGUGAUUGAUCCAAUGGACACAAGAAGAGUUUUGGGAAUGAGCUUGAGCGCUGCCAUGAAUGUGCCAAUUUCUGACACUAAAUUUGGUAUCUUCAGAAUGUAGAAAUUUCAGGGACUUUCAAUACGUGCCUUGCCUUGAUGAGUACAACAAUAACACACCUCGCGCAGCCAGCAAAACUACUGAUAUUUUAUCCUCUUGCUGGAAAUUUUAGCAUCCAAUUUUUUCAUUGGAACCAAAAUGCUUCAAAGCAGAUGUAUUUUUGAUUUCUGGACAUGAUUGUAUUAACUUAAAUGUAAAAUUUGGGAACUUGUAAAAAUUACAGCUUGAAAUUGGUUUCACCAUUGUUCUCUGCUAUCUUAGGAAGUUGAUGAUCACUGUGCCUAAACUAUCAUAAAAAAGUUAUAUUUUUCAGAUAUAAUCUAUAUAUUUUUAUUGAAGUCUCAUAUUGUUGGUUAAUAAAAAUUAAUUUUCA